AUGGCCGCCGCUUUCGCUGAGAGCCUUCAGAGAGAAGUUGACACGGCGAUACGGGAGGCUGCGAGCCACCGAGGAGGCCUGCGGCGACGUGUGGCCGCUGCGUGUGACCGCAUCCGCCAGCAGCAGGCGCU